AUGGCGGAAGAACGAACAAUCCACCAGCCGAUCCACCCUUCCGUCCGCGCCAGGCUUGACCCGGAGUACGUCGCGCUGCACGACGCCAUCAUCCAGUACAUGGAACCCUCCGAGGCCAGGCCCGUCCAGGCGCGCGCUCUACGGCCAGGCGGAGAGGCCCCCAAUGCCGCUGGUUGGCCGUGCCUCGUCUGGCUGCACGGCGGCGGCUGGGUCAACGGCGGGCUGGACAGCGAGAACGGGUUCCUGACCCACGUCUGUCGAUACGUGAGGUGCGUGGUUGUCACCAUCAACUACCGCCACGCCCCCGAGCACGUCUACCCCGCCGCCGUGGACGACAGCCUCGCCGGCCUCAAGUGGCUCCUCGAGCCGGCGACCGCUUCCCGGCUCAACAUCAACACAAGCCUCGUUACAAUAGGUGGUGUCUCAGCAGGCGGCAACCUCGCCGCCGUCGUCACCAUGAAGGCCUCCCUCGCCGGCGUCGCCCCCGCGCCCAUCUCCCAGCUCCUCAUCUGCCCAGUCAUCGACAGCACCGCCACCGCCGAGACGGGCUGGGCCGCCUCCCGGCACGUCCCUUGGCUGACUCCCGGCCGUAUGGGCUGGUACCAGGACCUCUACUUCGCGCGUCCGGAGGACAGGCGGCAGUGGGACGCCUCGCCGUGCUUCGCGCCCCCCGACGUCCUCGCCCGCAGCCCACCGACGUGGCUCGCCGUCGCCGAGGUCGACCUGCUGACGCCCGAGGGCCUCGCGUACGCGGACCAGCUGCGCGGCGCCGGCGUCGACGUCCGGACCGAGGUGUACAAGGGCGCGACGCACUCCGUUCUCGUGCUGGCCGGUGUGCAUCAAAUCAGCCGGAAGUUGGUCCACGAUGCCUGCGCCUGGCUUGCGAGGGGCUUUGGUUCGGCAUAUGACCCUUCCGCCGCCCCUAUCCUGUCGCAGCAAGAAUAG